UUUUCCCAGUCUCGUUUGGGAGCAGAUGUGCUCUUCAAUAACCUGUGAGAUCAGAACACAAGUGUUCACCUUCCCGGGACGGCAGUGACUGGACCAGAGUCGAAAGGAACCGCAGCAGCGGAGCAAGAAGUGUAACGUUGGUGUUCUCAACUCCCAGCCUCGUGCGUGGAUCCUUCGGUCGUAUCUCUCUUAAAGUUUCCUAAAGUGCGGUGGGAAACAUUCAGAUGAAAGAAACGUCUCCUGGCGUGGCUGAGGUGACACUUGUAGAAAAGGAGCCAGCUGAACGCCACACCAUCAUCUCAUGGGAGCAAAAAAACUCCUGUGUGUUGCCGGAGGAUUUAAAGAAUUUCUACCUGAUGACCGACGGCUUCCACAUGACAUGGAGCGUGAAGAUAGAUGAUACCCCCAUGCCUCUGGGCUCCAUGAUGAUUAACAGCAUCUCCAAACUAAGCCGACUGGGCAGCUCAUCGCUGUAUGCUUUGCCCAACGCUCCAACGCUUGCUGACUUGGAAGAUGAUACCGAUGAGGAAGGUAAUGAAGACAAGCUGGAGAAGCCUCACUUUGACUCUCGUAGCCUGAUCUUUGAAUUAGACCCAUGCAAUGGGAAUGGGAAAGUUUGCCUUGUGUAUAAGAAUACCAAGCCAGUUGUCACCCCAGACACAGAAAUAUGGUUUCUGGACAGAGCGCUGUACUGGCACUUCCUCACCAAGACCUUCACUGCCUACUACCGACUACUGAUCACCCAUCUGGGUCUCCCCCAGUGGCAGUACGCCUUUACGAGCUACGGUGUCAGCCCCCAGGCCAAGCAAUGGUUUAACAUGUACAAGCCCAUCACCAUCAACACCGCGCUGCUCUCGGAAGAAGCCGACUCCUUUGUGAACAAGCUGGACCCCAACAAGGUGUUUAAAAGCAAGAACAAAACGCCAGUGCUCAAAAAGAAAUUGCCCUCCCAGCCGGCAGGCUCCCAGAAGAGCCACACCAGCACCACCUCCUCCAAGGCUUCCUCACUACCCGGGAACUCUUCCCGGAAGCGAGACCCACAGAUGUAACUGGAGAACACGCGCAUCCCAGACCACGAAGGCCCAUGACGGCCUCUUGGAGGUGCAGACCAAAUCGCUUGUGCAUGAAUAGCCCCUCCCACAGAAACUGCAUCACAACCCUUGCAUGACCACCAUCCAUGUUAUGGGCAGGGUGGAGAUCCUCAGUGCUGCUGCUCCUGGUGCCUUUCAGCAAGACCCUGUAGAGACGCUGGUUAAUCUUAUUCCUGUUGGAGUGGACAAAAGGGCCGUGGAUGCCCUGUAGGGGUUGCAUUACCACUGAUGGACCACCCCAAAAUCCAUUUAAGUCUCUUUAUCCUCCCAUUGAAUACAUCAUGCACACAUAAAUCCACCUGGAUGAAUAGAGCAUGCACACACAAAUCAUUUUUCCUCUCCUUUGGAAGGAAAGAAGCCUGCCCAGAUUGCCGUGUGCAGUGAAAGCAGGAGGAAACCCACUGAUUUUAGAGGAUGCUCCCCUGUGGUGUUGAAGAGAGCAGACAGCGCCCUGCACUUUCAGUCAGUGGUGUCACAAGUGCUUGAAGCUACUUGCCUCUCUACCCUCAUCUCAGAUAGCCCUAACCCUUUACACAGACUGUGCUUUAAACAACUGUGGCCUUUUGGUGUUAGGGAGCAGAACAUGUCCCCUUUCUCAGAGCUGCCAGUGCCCAGAGCGGUGCAAAAGAGCCAAGGCAUCUCGCGCCGUGACCAGCCAAGGACAGUGCUGGGGACCAGGGAUAGAGCCUGGUAUCCCAACCAGGAGCUGCUUGUACAGAGUAGAAGUGAAGGGCCUGAUCCUAAGAGGCACUGAUCACCUGCAAUCCCUGCCUUUAAGAAGAGGAUGAAUACUCUGCCAUCCACUGCUGUAGGACCUGGGCCUGUGCAGGAAAUAGGGUUGAAGGCCUUUUUGAAGGAGUAGAAAGGUUUCCCAUGGUUUCAGCUGCAGCACUGAACAUCCAGUAUCAUGGGGCUGCAGUGGGACUUUAUUCCUGCUGCUCAAUGAGGAUUGCCCAGCUGCAGCACACAGGGCUUCCUCCAUAAGAUGUCUCCUCUGGUAUCUGGACAGCGAUGCUCACCCAUGAAAGCCACAGUCCCCAGGCUUCUAACCUGCACCAGGACCACCUGGACUCCUUAUUUCACGUGGCUGUCUACAAAGUCGCCAGGGUUGUCUCCACAAGGUCCUCAGCACCCUCUGGGGUCUGAGUAUCCCUGCAGAUGUCAGAGGGAAGGGCCUUCCCAUCCUCACUGUGUCUCAGCCCCUCUCUUAACUAAGGUCGCUUGGAAGAAACAAACUUUGGCUUGCAGCUCCCCGCCUGUGCCCUUUCCCACCACACAUGGAGCCUGCCGUGGAAGAGACCAGAGCUCCCCUCAGCUCCCUAACCACUCGCUGCAGCCUUGAUGCCACGUGGAGCUACCCCAAGAUGGAAGCUGGCCCUGUUGUGCCUGCCCAGGUCAGCCAGGCAUCCAUACAGGAGGAGGGAGAAGAGCCAGAGCCACAGGCCGUUACACCUUCCUGCCCUCCGCCCCGGUCAUAACCAGGCACCUGCACAAAGCCUGGAGGGCACAGACCCAUCCGGCUUACUUUGAAAAUGCAGAACGUGAACCAUGCAGCUCGUCCCCUCGAGUCUCAACAAGCGUGCAAUCCUCCUCCGCUGCCGUUUUAUACCGAGUGAUCCUUCAGGGCAAAACUGCACUUCAGCCUAUUCGCUGCUGGUCUUCAUCUGCACCCGCCAUUGCUCCACGGACAUGCUUGUGUGUCUAAGGGCAUGGGAGGUUCGAGUGUGAGACAAGCGAGAGUGUGAAUGUACAGCUGCCCUGCAGUAAUUACACAUGUGCAUGCCUUCCCCGUGGAAAAUGCAAGGUAAGUCGACCCCUGCCUUGUACCGCACCCACCCACGAAUGAUGUAAGCUACUUGCAUUUAUCCUGGAAUACAAGCCCACCCCGGCAGCUGUGUGCAGAGUAGAUAACACCCCAAGCUGUUUGUGUGGCCGUGUCCAGAUAGAGAAGUCGGAGGCACCAUCUCAAAACGACCAAUGAUUAUUUCGAUUGUGGUGUGUGUUAUUUAGCAAAGGAUUGCCAAACUGCAUCCUACCAACCUACCUCUCAGGGGUGGGUAAGACUUUAAUAUUUGUACAGCCCUUUGAAAUAUUAAAGCACUGUGCAAGUGCUACAUAUUAUUUUAAUAAAGAGUUUAAUAUUUUC